GUCAUAAUGAAUGAGCGGGAGCAGUCUGACGGUCUCAGGGAUCUGAGGGAUGAGAAUGAAACCCUUCACCAAGACAAUGAGGCCCUGAACAGAAACAACGGGGACCUCAAAAGUGAGAAUGAGGACCUCAAGAACACCAUUGAUGGGCUUCGCAGAAAAAUGGAGAGCUCUUGUAACAAGAAAAAAAGGACUCUCCAGUUAGAAAACAAGUUGCUUCAAGCCAAUAACGAAGCCCUCCUCAAAGAUGUUGACAUCCUGCACAGUCAAAAUGAGGUCCUGCGCAAAGACAUUGAGGGGAAGAAUGAAGAGAUGCAGAUUAUGUUAAAGGAUUUCGAAACUGAGAAGACAACCUUGUGUGAAAAAAGAGAAGAGCUGAAACAAUACAAGAGCCUGGAACAAGAGCUCCAAGGGGUCAAGAAAGCCUUGUGUGAUAGAGAAGAAGCCAUCACACAAAAGGAUGAGGAGCUGACACAACAGAACAAGGCCCUGGAACAAGAGGUCCAAGAGCUUAACAAAAAGUUGUAUAAUAGUAAUGAGCAUCUGAGGCUUGGUCGUGAUGUUCUGCAACAAGAAGUGCAGAAAUUUAAAAGUAUUGUGCAGGAACUCAAAAAUGUUGAACACAACUAUGUUGCAGUGAGCCAACAAUACACCUCUGCAAGACGCCAUAACAUGGCCCUGGAACAAGAACUUCAGGAGGUCAAGAAAAGGUUGCAUGAUGGAGAAGAAGCCAUUAGACAAAAAGAUGAGGCUCUUCAAGAACAAGUAGAGGAGCUCAAAAAUGUUCGCAAAGAAUUCCAAGGCUUUGAACACAACUAUGCUGUAACAAGCCAAGAAAACACAUCUAUAAGAGACCAUAACAAGGCCUUGGAGCAAGAACUUCACAAUGUGAAGAAAAGGUUGCAUGAUGGAGAAGAAGCCAUCAGACAAAAAGAUGAGGCUCUUCAAGCAAGGAAACAGGGGCUCAAAAAUGUUCAGCAAGAACUCCAAGGUUUCACAUGCACCCAUAAUGUAGUGAGCCACAAAAACACCUUUGUGAGAGAACAAAACAAGGCCCUGGAGCAAGAAGUGCAAGAGCUUAACAAAAAGAUGCGUGAUGGACAAGAGCAAAUGAAACUUGAUCGUGAGCUUUUGCAACAAGAAGUGCAGUCUUUGAACCAGCAAAUUAAUGCCCUGAUAAAGGAAAAUCACCACCUCCAUAGAGAAAACCAGUCUGAGCGGGCCUUUAAAAUCAGGACUGUCGCCGACAAGUUAACUGAGGAUUAUAUGGCCAAAUUCACUGGGAGCCAGAAGAGGUGGACUACAAGUUACCUUCCUUUCUGGUCUUCCUAACUGGUCCACGACCACCUUUGUGACAUGCAGACCUUGCUUCUUCAGACCAUGAAGCUCUGCUCUCUCUACUAUUGUACUUAUUCCCUAGCA